GACUUCCGGUAUCUGUGGAUUGCAGCAUACUGAACUUGACUUGAUCAGAGUAGUGUGUUCCGGGAAAGUGUCCUGAUCUUAAUUUAAUGUUGGGGCUCUCUGUCCCUCUCUGUCCUGUUAUCAGUCUCCAGUAGAGUAGCCGGGCAUUUGGAGGAGAUGCAGGCCGGGAUAAAGCCCUCCCUGGACGGUUAACCACGCUGCGGUCCCCCCCUGUCUGUCCCGCUGUGAUGGAGGAGCCACCCAUGAGUGUGGAUGACCUCCAGCCUCAGGACCUCUCCACCUCCAGCCUCCCCUCAGUGAUGGACCUGACCAGGAGAGGAGAGGAGUGUGUCCUCAGCCCCGCCUCCCUUGAUGCCUUGCGGAGGGUCACGAGCUCCGCCUGGUACCAGAACUCAGGGACCAGUACCCCUGGAUUUUCAGAGACUCAAUCCUCUGACAUCACGCCCCAACCCGGAGAUCAGAUCCAACCGGACAACGCCUUCUCCCACACUACAGUCACCCUGUCCUACGUGAGCAGGUCUCACGUCUUCUCCACCCAAGACUCCUUGUCCUUCAGCGUGCCCCCUCUCAGCAGGCUGUCCCUCCAUGACUCAGAUAAAGGACUCAGGGAGACCAGCUUUGCACUGAACCAGCAUUACGAGGAGCAGGUAGAGGGGCCGGUGGACCUUGCUGCUCAGACUCUUCUUCAGUCUUUGUCUCAGGCUCAGGGGGGGCCAGGGACCGAUGGAGGGGCUUAUCUCACACAGGAGGGACAUGAGUUGAACUGUGGGGGGGUGUCCCCCGACAGAGACUCAGAUGCUGGAGACCUGCAGAGAGGAUGUUGGGGUUUGGAGAAUGGUAGGGGUGACACCUGGUCAGGUUCAGGAGUCUGUGCUGAAUCCUCCCCGGAGACUCUCGCUCCUGCUGGGGGGGAGGCAGAGACGAGCGGGGAUUCUGAGGUGAUCUUCCUCUUCUCUAAGGAACAGGCCCCAGUGAUGGCCCCGGGCAGCGCAGGUGUUAGAGACCUGUGUUCACUCAGCAGGGAGUUCGUCAGUCCUCUGGAGGACCCAGUCUCUCCCUCUGCAGCCUCUCAGGAUGAUGUGGAGGACGUGUUCAUCCUGCCUGAGGCCUCCAGUUCCCCCAGCGGGGCCGCCUCUUAUCUGGAGACCACUGAGGAGGCUGAAUGGGACAGCCUGAGGACAGAGGGGGGCGCUCAGCCCGGGUCUGACUUGAAUGAUGGUUCAGGGUUAGAUUCCAGUGCUGAGAAUAAUCACAGACCGAAGGCGGAGCUGGAGCCUCUGAUCGACCUGACGGAGGACGAUUCAGAGAACCAACCACAGGCUGUCGUUCCUCACGUCAACGGGAACACAAAGACUCCAAGGAGGACUUUAAAAGGGAAGAGACUGCCAGCCCGCCCCGGCAGAGGGACGCGCUUAGAGACCAUAGUGAUGAGCAUUAACUCAGGCAGGUAUAAAGUGUCAGGAUGCAUUCGCACUAAGAAGAAGAGUUCCCCAUCCACAGGGGGCGAUUCAAAGGUAUCAGGUCCUCAGAGGACAGACAGCCGCUCAGCAGGACAGAGGGCGAGGAGAGCCAGUGGUCCUCCCACAGCCAAGACAAAAGACAAACCAGUCACUCCAAGGAGGAGGGGCAAAACCAGUACCCUCAACCACGUCAAAGACUCUACCUCUGAUUCUAAAAGUAUCCAUAACUCUAAGAGGUCAGCUGGGCUCAAAAACUCAAAGCAGGAGGCGGAGCUUCUUUCUCACGCUAAACCUUCAGCAGAAAACCAUGUGGCGACAUGUUCCCCUCCAAAACCCUCUCUGCCAAAACCACCUCCACCUCCACCAUCAUCCACACCUUCUCCAAAGAAACAAAAAGGUAAAGCUCCAGGUAAGAAACCGUCUCCCACUGCCAAGACCACCCCUCCUCAGAGGAAGAGGAGGAGGAAGAAGGUCACACAGAGCCAAGCGUCCUCCAUGUUCGCCCCCAAAGAGCCUGAGAUCAAACUGAGGUAUGUCAACUACAAGGAGGAGAAGAGGGACCUGAGGGCGGACGGCUUCUCUCCGUAUGUCCAUGUGAAGCAUCAGCAGGCGUCUCCGGCGCUCUGCUCGGUGAUGAACUACCCCGAGGAGGUCAGACCUCAGACCAGGAAGCAGCAGGCUCACAAGGGUGCCUUCAUCUCUGCCACCAUACCCAGCACUUCCUGUCUGAAGCUGGGCCGGGUGUCCACGCACGGCCAGCACCGGCGCUCCCUCGUCUGCUGCCUGUGUGGACACCCCGCCAACGCCAUGGACCUGGGAGACCUCCAUGGACCCUACUACCCCGAGGGAUACCAGCUCACUACCAAAACCACCGCCAGAGUCUCAGGCCUGAAAGAGGAUGAGGACGACUUCAGCGACUCGGACUCAUCCUGUAGCGUCAGGGGCCGCGGGAGGAAGUGUCCCUCCACACCGCGGCCCCUGAGGCCAGGAGCCAACCUGAAGAGCCCCUGCUGGACUGGGGACAGUACAGGCAGCCCUGCAGCUAAGCGGGCCAGGUCUGGUGCUGGCUCUGCAGACGUGGAGGACUGGUACAGUCCCCCUGUACUGCCUGCCGAGCCCUGUGAGUACUGGCUCCAUGAGGACUGCGGGAUCUGGUCUACAGGCGUGUACCUGGUGCGGGGCAGAGUGUACGGGCUGGAGGAGGUGUUGAGGGCGGCGCAGGAGACGACGUGUUCCGCAUGUCAGGACUCUGGAGCCACACUGGGCUGCUUCUUCAAAGGCUGUCCCAAUAAAUACCAUUACAGGUGUGCUCUACAGUCAGACUGUGUCCUCAUCGAAGAAAACUUCUCCAUGAAGUGUAAAAAGCACAAGAACAAGACAUUCAAAGCUUCUGCAGGGACCCGCUGUGAUGACAGGUGACAGCGAUAACAGACUCAUCGUGAGGCGUUCUUCAUCCUCCUGCAGGCUCUGUGUUCCUCGCCUGCUGUGACUCUGACAGACGGCCCCCACCCGUAGACCUUAACUCCAGCCUCUGCUGUGUUAGAGGAGGAGAUCUCUGACUGACUGCAGAGACACUCGGACACAGACGGGAACAUACCGAGUUUGUGUCAUCACUUUAUUUAUACAGGUUUUCUUUCAGGAUUAAAUAUGAAUAACAAUCAAAGAUAUUUAAUUUUUUAAAGACUUUGUAAGUAUUUGAUUAUAUUUGGGUUAUUUAUUUCUGUGGUUUUUCUUCAUGGCUCUUCAGCAGAUGUCAAAGAGGUUUGAUUGUGUGUUUUUAAGUUAUUGAUACAGAUGAUGAAAUAUGAAGCCGGACAAAGAGAUUCUGGUUCUUAUUUAACGAUCGGACGGAGAAAGUGCUGAAAGGUUCAGAGGUGACUCAUAGAACAAGGUACCAACACACCUGGACUAAAGAUCAAAGAGACCAGAACACAACAGUGGAGCCAGAACGUGCCGGCCGUGCUCCCCUGCAGUUAGUCGGGUCACACCGGUUUGAAGCUGUAAUGAUGUUGUGCUGCUAAGAUUAGCUUAUUCUAAAACCAAAUCUGGAUUCUUCUAUUGAUCAGCUACAGAGGAGGGAUCCUGAAGUGAGAGUACAACUUAUUUGAUACAACACAACUCCGCUCACAGUAAUGUUAGCAUGUCUCCACAGUGACAUUAGCAUCCACACAUACCUAGCUAAUAUUACAACUUGACAACAUUAAAAGAUCUGAUUUUGAGGCUGCAAGCUAAUGCUAAAGUUAGCAUGCUCACAGUAAUGUGGGAAUUGGUUGAAAGCUAACUUUAGGGUAAAUUUUAGCUAACGAGAUGUCCGAACAGAAUUUGUCAUCUGAAUAAGAGAGCUAACGGCUAAUGUUAGCAUUCAAUCAAUACUUAGCAAACAAUACAUUUUGACAAUGUCGCAAGACGAAUCAAAGUUUUCUCAUCCAAGGUAUAGCUAAUGUUAAGAAUAUUAACAUUAAUGAUAAACUGACAUUACCUGUUAACGUUACCUUUGCUAGCUAACAUCAUUGGCUAGGAAUUAAAGCCAUCCUCUUGUAUCAAGAAACAGAAUCAAACCGUAGAUUAGCAUGUUGUUGUUUGUUUUAACAAGGAACCAUUUUUGGUUGUAACCUCCCAGCUAAUGGUAGCGUUAGCAAAGCAGAGGUUGAAUGCUAACUUUAGGUCCAGUGUUGUUCAGAUAGAAUUACAUCUAUCCAUCUAUCCUGGCCCGGUGCUUUGUUGUACUUACGGGUUGAACAUAGCUUUUAAUUUGAACUUGUUCAGGUAUUCUGAUUUGUAUUGGUUUCUAAGACGGACCCUACUCUCUCUGGGGUACACACAUGUAAAUAUAAUAUUCAGCUCCUGUGAGGAGUUUCCCAGUGGUUACGAAACUGAGUGAAGUUAACGAUGAUGCUUCUUAUAACCUCUAAAAGCAAACGAGCGUCAACAUCAAGACCGACUGUUUCUGUGUUGUCAUUUUUGAUGCCUCCAGCUGCUGUGGGGGGUCGGGGUCACUAACACUACGUACUAAUUUAAAGCAUUAAAUCAGCAGAGACAUCAGAGGUGUCCUUGUGUCCACAGGGGGCGCCACAAUCAACUUAAACAACGUUCCUCACAGGAGCUUUAAAAUCUACAAAAAGUCAGAGCACAGUGGGAACAAAAACGACACAUCUUUGAGUCGUAAUCAGUAAAAUAAAAAGUAGCAGCACAUCAUCAUUACAGCUCUGAAGCUCUCCAGGUCUUGGAGGACUUCGUCUGCGGGUCAGCGUGCUCAUAGAGGACCGUAUGUUUGAAUGUAUUCUCCCUGUGUGAAGGCUUCUUGAUCAGGUGUGGUCCUCUGCUCCGACUGCAGUAUUACCUUCAUUAACCCUUCCCCUCCUAUUUCGUUGAGGCUCUGAGGUUCAAAGGUCAGACACACGUCACACCGUUAAGACAUGCCCAUGUUGUGUUUGUCUGAGCGGCCCUUGAAUCAGUGGUUUUCUCACUGAGGUUCAGUUUGAUGACUUGAAGCUCUGUCACGGGGUCAAAGGUCACAGUGAGUUUAGUUUGUUACACGUG